AUGAAUAAUCAAACCAGAGGUCCUGCUAAACGAAAAGUGAAACCAAUAGAACCUCAGUCAUUAUUAGAUUUCGAUCUUGGAGAAGGUGAAAGUUCCGACGACUCUGAUUUUCGAAUUGAGGAUCAUCCUGAGGAAAGCGAUGAUUAUUCUAUUAAUACUGACGACGAUGAGAAAAAUAAGCAAGCAAAAAGUGAAUCUUCGGAGGAAUCUGGUUCUGAUAUGGAGGAUGAAUAUGAACAUGCAACAAAUAAUGUUGAAGGAAAUGUACUUGUUAAUAAUACCCUGGAAAAAGUUACACAAAAGGAGUUUAAGUUUCACGGUGAACUGGCAAAUAUGCUGAUAUGUGCUGGCUGUCUCGGGUCUCGCAGUGAUGACUUCAAUGAGAUUGUAGAAUGUGAUGGGUGUGGAGUUACAGUUCAUGAAGGUUGUUAUGGUGUCUCGGAUACAACCAGCGAAUCUAGCACAGUCAGUUCUGCUUCUACAGAGCCAUGGUUUUGUGAGGCAUGUAAAGCAGGUGUCACUGAUCCAUUCUGUGAGCUUUGUCCAAACAGAGGUGGCAUCUUUAAGGAAACCGAAGUUGGUGCAUGGGUACAUUUAGUAUGUGCGCUUUACGUUCCUGGAGUAGCAUUUUCAGAGGUGGAGAAGCUGUCGGGCGUGACGCUGUUCGAGAUGGCGUACUCGCGCUGGGGCGCGCGCUCGUGUGCGCUGUGCGAGGACGCCACGCUGGCCCGCACCGGGGUGUGCGUGGGGUGCGACGCUGGACUUUGUAAAACGUUCUUUCAUGUUACAUGUGGUCAACGUGCUGGUUUGUUAGCCGAAGCGCAUUCAGAAGAGGCCGAGCAAGCCGAUCCCUUCUACGCUCACUGUAAACUACAUUCAGAUAAGACUUUAAUUAAGAAACGUAAACGAAACUGGCUAGCUUUGCAACUAAGGACAGAAAAGCGGAAAUUAGAACUGAUAAAUAAUCUCAGCACAGAGGAGAAAUUAAGGAUACAACGUAAACUUGUUAAGUACAGAAAAAAGUAUUUGCAACAAAAAGAAAACAGAAAUCCUCCUUGGGUACCUACGCAAAAAAUGGCGCGUAUGUUGUACAGCAGUGCCUCGGCAAUGAGAAAGUUUCAAAAGAAAGCUGAAUGUAUGGGUUUGGACACUCAUGCAUUGGAAUUUCAAGAUGCUCAGAUGGCAGCACUCAAGGACGUGUCCCGUCGUUGGCACGUUCCGCCUGCCUUCUCAGUGGAGUUUGUGGGCUACUACCUGGAGAGGAACACUCGGGUCACGUCGCUACGGAAGUCGCUCGUGAGACUCACUAAAGAGAACGAAAAACUCUUGGCUGAUGAUGAUAAGUUACGAUUGGAUUAUGAUGAGGCUUCAAAAGAGAACACAGAUGGUUUGGCAGCCAUGACAUCAGCGCGGCAGUCUCUACUAAAGAUAUACGACGCGAUCAUCGCGCUAUGUCCUAAGCGAGCGACUCCAGCUAUUCUAGAAGAUAGGCCCUUGGUGGUACACGAGUUACCACGAUCUACACCCAAAGUAACACCUCAACAGUUACAAAAACGGUCAAUGUCUGUACCAACUGCGGCUGCACUUAAGAUGGGCGUUGGUUUUCCUCUUAGCGACAACCCGGACGCUCGCCAAGGAAAAGUUUUAUCUACUUCUUUGGAAGCGACGGUGGGCGCGCUGGCGGGGCGCGAGUGCGCGGCGUGCGGCCGCAGCAGCGAGCGGCACCUCAUGGCGGCGUGCGACACGUGCCGCCACCACUACCACCUGCACUGCCUCAAGCCGCCGCUGCAGCGCCCGCCCAAGAAGAGCAAGCUCUACGGCUGGCAAUGCUCCGAGUGCGAUAAAACAUCAGAUUCUGAACCUGAAGUGUUAGAAAAAAAAGUGCCGCGACGUUCUCGCAUAAGAUACAGCAAAGACGGUGCUAUUAUCACCGAACCACACAGUCCGAGUUCACCUCCAAAGGCGAACUCAGAGAAAUCGCACAAGAUCGAAACGUCCACAAAAUUAGCUACUUCUGAGAGUAUAUCACCCAUUAAAGUGACUAUUAAACCAUUUGAGUUCAGUAGCGACGGUAAUGAAAGCUCCGAGGUGAAAUCUAAGAAAGAAAAGAAAAUAAAGAAGUCGAAACAGAAGGAUUUAUUGUCUGGAUCUGCUGGAGAAGACACUCCCAGUAAAAAAAUACAUAAGCGUAGCUUCACUUCCCCCACGCUGACAAAUACACCAUUGAUGUCGAUAACACCGAUAGUUGCCGACAGUCCCAAUGACUCUCAUAACGAAAACUCCAACGCGUCUACUAACUUAGCCUCAUCGAAGCGGGAAGACAGUUUUGUACAUCAGAAUCUCUCAUUUUCAUCUUUAUUGGGUGAAAGCAAAGAAAGAGACAGUAAAGCUAUCGAGAGUUCUAUAGAGAGCACGUUAGCGAACCUUUCCUCCGAUAUUGCAACUUACAAAGCUAACAGGAAGAGGAGGAAAGAGAAACAUAGAUCUAGAUAUUCCCCAGAUCUUUUGAGAUCUCCUUCUAAGUCACAUAAACACAAGAGAAAGAAGAAGACGCAAGACCUAGAAAAUCCUGAACCUCCACAUCCUAGAAUAACAAUCAAGAUCAAACCAAUUCCUAAGCCGGAUGGUUCAUUGGACACCCAGAUGUUCUAUGUACCCACAGACAGCAAUGACGGUCCACCUCCAGCUGUUAUGAGGAAACUCUCCAAGCAAGUAGAGCAAGUAGCAGCCAAACUAGAGGCAGCGAAGUUAGAGGCAGCGAAGCAAGAAGAGGCGAGGCAGGCGCCACUUCUAACACAAACGCCGGAAAACCUCGACUCAAUACCAAGGAAUCGUAGCGAGCGGUCACGUCGCGGCGGUACCGAGAGCGGCGGGGGUAACGGGGCCGCGGCCGCGCCCGCGCCUCUCACGCACUGUGACGUUUGCAACCAGACCGGCGACUACACUAACUUAGUACGGUGUGACGAAUGUUUGAAGAGAUACCACUUCACCUGUUUAGAGCCGCCGUUGAAUAAGAAUCCAAAGAAACGUGGAUAUUCCUGGCACUGCGCCGACUGCGACCCUACGGACAUUGAAGAAAACAAUUAA